CUCAGGAUGCUGCAGCUGCUGACCUUCCUGGUGGAGAAGCUCUCCCUGUUCUCCAAAUUCAAACUCUUUGAGUCCAGCUGGUCUGACGCGGAGAAUGAGGACCGGCAGAGGCACGCGCACCGCUGUCCCCCGCUGACACUGCGGAGGGGUGACCUCCUGGAGGUCCCCAGGACCCUCUUCACCCACUACGGUAUUUAUUUAGGUGACAACAAAGUGGCUCACCUGAUCCCUGACAUCCUACCUGUGCUCACGAGCGACCAGAAGCUCAUCAGCUCUGUCAUCACGAAUAAGAGGCUCAUCCUCGGCUGCGUGUACAGGCGUGCUACGGUGCGCGUGGACACGUUAGAGGACUUUGCGUACGGCUCCGGUAUUCUGGUGAACCACAUGGAUAAGAUGAUGAAGAGUCCAGCGCUUCCUAAUGAAGAGGUGGCCAAGAGGGCUGAGAGGCUGAUCGGAGGGAUCCCGUACAGUCUGCUGUGGAAUAACUGUGAACACUUUGUGACCAACUGCAGAUACGGGUCUGCAGCCAGCAGGCAAACUGAGAAGUUCUGUGAGUGCCUGAAAUCCAUCAUCAGGGACCAGCGCAGCGUGAUCGUCACAAGCCUUCUCGGGCUAAUCUCUAUCAUCUCUUUUGGCAUGGCACCGUCGACCACAUUACCCACAAUCCUUAUCCCCUUUACUCUGUGGAUGGCUGGUUAA